AUGGUACAUCUACGAACAGACAUUGGUGCCACCAACCCUGAGGCACCAAUGCACCCUGGAGAGAACAGCACGUAUGCCAAAGAGCUUGAAUGUGAUGUCCUCAUUGUCGGUGCUGGCUUUGGUGGUGUCUACCUUCUUCACAAGCUUCGUGACGAAGUUGGUCUGAACGUCAAGAUCUUCGAGGCCGCCAACGAGCUUGGUGGUGUCUGGCGUUGGAAUUGCUACCCCGGAGCUCGUGUCGACACACAAGUUCCCGUCUACGAGUAUUCGAUUGAGAAGGUCUGGAAGGACUGGACCUGGACCCAGAAGUACCCCGACUUCAACGAGCUUCGCAAUUACUUUCACCAUGUCGAGAAGCAGCUUGAUAUCAAGAAGGAUGUCAGUUUCAACACUCGUGUCAUUGGUUCUCAAUUCGAUUCUGAGAGCAAGACAUGGACAGUCAAGACUGAGGAUGGCCGUACUGCCAAGUGCAAGUACUUGAUCAACGCCAUCGGUUUCGCAGCCAAGCGUCACUUCCCUGACUGGAAGGGUCUGACCGACUUCAAGGGCGAGUUGCACCACAGUUCAUUCUGGCCUGACUCAGGUGUCGAUGUCAAGGGCAAGCGUGUUGCUGUCAUUGGCACGGGCAGUACCGGUAUCCAGAUCGCUCAGGAGACAGCCAAGGAUGCUGCCAGUGUCACCGUCUUCCAACGCACACCCAACCUUUGUCUGCCUAUGCGUCAACGUGACUUGACCAAGGAGGAGCAGCAGAACGCCAAGGCGGAGUACCCCGAGAUUUACCGGAAACGCCUGACCACUUUUGCCGGAUUUUCUUACGAUUACAUCGAAAAAAACACUUUUGACGACAACGAAGAGGAUCGCCAGAAGUUCUUCGAAGAACUAUGGGCAGAGGGUGGCUUCCGCUACUGGUUGGCUGGAUAUAAGGAUCUUCUGUUUGAUGCAAAGGCGAACGACCAAGCAUACAACUUUUGGGCGAAAAAGACCAGAGCUCGAAUUGCCGACCCACGCAAGCGUGACAUCCUUGCACCCCUCAAGGCACCUCACGCAUGGGGAACUAAGCGUCCUUCUCUGGAGCAGAACUUCUAUGAGAUGAUGGACAGAGCUGAGAACGAUGUGGUCAAUGUCAAGGAGACACCCAUCACCGAAUUCACCGAGACCGGUAUUGUUACCAGCGACGGCAAGCUCCGAGAGUUCGACAUCAUCGCCCUUGCUACUGGCUUCGACUCCGUCACUGGUGGUAUGAAGAACAUGGGUCUCAAGGAUACCGAGGGCAAGGAUCUCGCCGAGAGAUGGAAGAAUGGUACCUGGACCUACCUUGGUAUGACUUGUCACGGCUUCCCCAACAUGUUCUUCCUGUACGGCGCUCAAGGUCCCACGGCAUUUAGUAACGGCCCGACCUGUGUCGAAGUUCAGGGUGACUGGAUUGUCGACGCCAUUGCCACAAUGCAAAAGACCGGCAAGCAGACCAUCGAGGCCACCAAGGACGCAGAGACUGAAUGGCAUAAGCUUGUCACCGAGCUUUCCGACAAGACUCUCUUCCCUGGCACCGAGUCUUGGUACAUGGGUGCCAACAUUCCCGGCAAGCCUAGAGAACAACUUAACUUCGCUGGUGGUUUCCCAUUGUACGAGAAGGAAUGUAGGAAUGCACUUGACGGCUGGAAGGGCUUCGUGGUCACGUAA